CACGUGUGAGGUCCGACGCUGCGCAAGGGAAAUCUGCGGAGAUGGGUGGUUUGGAGAAAAAGAAGUAUGAGCGAGGUUCUGCUACCAACUACAUCACAAGGAACAAAGCACGAAAGAAGCUGCAGCUUAGUCUACCUGACUUCAGACGCCUUUGUAUCCUUAAGGGGAUCUACCCACAUGAACCCAAGCACAAGAAGAAGGUUAACAAGGGAUCCACUGCGCCUCGGACAUUCUAUCUUCUCAAGGACAUAAAAUUUCUACUCCACGAACCAAUCGUAGGAAAAUUCAGAGAGUACAAGGUUUUUGUGCGUCGUCUUCGCAAAGCCUAUGGAAAGCGUGAAUGGGAUGCAGUGGACAGAAUCAGGGAUAAUAAGCCUGCAUACAAACUGGAUCAUAUCAUUAAGGAAAGGUAUCCAACAUUUAUUGAUGCAGUUCGUGACCUAGAUGAUGCUCUGUCCAUGUGCUUUCUUUUCUCUACUUUUCCUCGCACGGGAAAGUGCCACGUUCAGACCAUCCAGCUGUGCCGUCGUUUGAGUGUGGAAUUUCUCAACUAUGUUAUUGCUUCUCGUUCGCUGCGUAAGGUUUUCCUGUCAAUUAAAGGAAUCUAUUACCAAGCAGACAUCCUGGGACAGACUGUAACAUGGAUCACUCCUUAUGCGUUCUCUCAUGAUCACCCUACAGAUGUAGAUUACAGAGUCAUGGCAACCUUUACAGAAUUCUAUACCACGCUGCUCGGAUUUGUGAACUUCCGCCUCUACCAGACUUUAAAUCUACAGUACCCACCAAAGUUAGAUUAUUUCUCAGAAGCUGAUCUUAAGUCAGAUAAUGAAGAUAAAUAUGCUCUGGAGACUGAAGCCUACAUGGAGAAAUUGGCUGCUCUGAGUGCUAGUCUCUCCCGAGUAAUUCCCAGUGAACCUGAGGAGGAAAAUGAGGUAGAUGAAUUCCCUGCUGAUCCGGAAAAUGCAGGGCAGGAGGAAGAGCAAAAGAAGCAACUGCAGGAGGAGGAAAAACACAAGUCAAUGUUUGUGGGGCUAAAGUUCUUUUUAAAUCGUGAGGUACCACGUGAUGCCCUUGCCUUUAUCAUCCGGAGUUUUGGGGGUGAGGUAUCUUGGGAUGCCUCUGUCUGCAUUGGGGCAACCUAUAACAGCGCAAACCCAUCUAUCACACACCAUAUAGUGGACCGGCCCAGCAUACAGACUCAGAUUAUAAACAGAUAUUAUUUGCAACCACAGUGGGUGUUUGACUGUGUAAAUGCUCGCAUGCUUCUUCCUGUUGAAGACUAUUUCCCCGGGGUGCUUCUGCCCCCUCAUCUUUCUCCAUUUGUCCAGGAGAAGGAGGGAGACUACAUUCCUCCUGAAAAACUGCGGCUGAUGGCACUGCAAAAAGGAGAGAAUCCUGAAGAAGAUGAUGAUGAUGAUGAUGAGGAAGAUGAUGAGGAUGAAGAAGAAGAUGAUGAGGAUGAAGAUGAUGAGGAAAAUGAGGAGGAGGAAGAAGAUAAGAAACUAAGACAUCUAGAAAAUAAAAAGGUUGGACAAAAUAAACUAAAUGUUAGGAUAACAGCAGGCAAAGUUAAAGUGGAAGACCGCACACAAGCUGCAGAGCAGGAGAAAACUGAAGAGAAGCGUCUAGCAAUCAUGAUGAUGAAGAAGAAGGAGAAAUAUCUAUAUAAUAAAAUCAUGUUUGGCAAAAAACGCAAAGUCCGGGAGGCCAACAAACUGGCAUUGAAGAGGAAAGCUCACGAUGAAUCGGUGAAAGUUGAACGGAAGAAGAAGGCUAAGAAGCAUUGAACAAUUUCAAUUCUAAAAGACUUGUAAAAGCUCCCGUUUCCCUGCAACACAAUAUAUUUGAUCAGGUUCAGAUCACUGAGCUGAUUCUGUUGCCUGUUGUUAAACUUUCAUAAGGACUUUUAAGUGACCAAUUCUGCACUUUUAGUAGAAGAGUCAAUUGUUUUUUCAGUGAAUUUUUAAUGUCUGGCUGAGGAAUGAUCAUGGUCUUCUGAUGGAUUGGUAUGUAAGAGAAGCUUAGCCCAACAUUCAUUUAUAUUCUCCCUAAGUAACAUGAUACUACUUAGUGCAAAGUAGAAGGUAUCAGUGAGUGUAAUGUGAUAUAAAACUGAACAGGUUUUCAACUGAUCUUUUUUAACGUAUUGCAUGUUGGAUGCUGUAUAAACCAACCACUACAUCAAAAUUAAUACUAGUUCCAUGUGGCAGCACUUUGGUUAAAAAGAUUGACCUAAGUAAGAUCGUCUGAGUUGAUCUGUAUGCACCUUGUUUACAAAGGCUAAGCCAGGCAAUAGCAGCCUUUAGCACAAGCUGUUGCAAAACCACUGCUCCCUGCCAGCACAUUGGCCUACACUUGGGUUUUUGUGUGCGAUAAUUGACAUUAUACUGUACAUUAACAGUGUGAAAUUAUAAAUAAACUAUCAUUUUACAGACCGUUAUUAUUGUUGUUGAUGUUUAGAAAGAUUGAUUCCUGUACUGUAGUAAAAAAAAUGUAUUAAUUUUGACUACAAAAA